AUGAAGCGCAAGGCCUAUUCUGAAAAUAACAAGGGAGACAUCUUAGAGGUGCCUCAUCCUCCAUGGAAAAAGGUCAGAGUGCCCGGUGAUGACAUUACGCUCCCCAUCUAUGAAGACAGCAAACCAUCUGAUCCUUUCCCCGAGGAAAUUGUGCUUCUAACAGAGGAAAUCUUGGAAGAUCUCGAUCCUCAGAAUUCUCCCCCAGCUUCUCCAAUGCAUUCUGAAGACGAAUCAGACGAAUCAGAAGAAGCUUCUCAUCAUGUUGAACAUAAAGAGGACCUUGUCGACACUGUUGGUCUUGAGGAUGCUAUCCACCACUGCGAGGAUGAAGAGACAGUUCAAACAAACGCUGCUGCUCCGUGUGAUGGUGGAAGGAAGGUGUAG